GGGGAGAUUCAGCGGACUUUAAACGGACCGUAGCAGAUUGACGUCCCGUCAACCACGUCUGAUGUGUAUUCAUAAGGAAUCGCAUUCCCCAAACAUUCGAAGCCCGUGUCCCAACGCAUCCAACCUGACCUUUAGAAGCCUCAGACCGAAACCGACGACUUGAGUGCUCAUCAUGGCAGUGACCACCAAUCCUUACAAGCACUAUGUGCCCUCCGUUCCAGCAGCCAUCAUUGCGUCGAUCGUCUUCGCCCUCUUGACCGCCGCUCACGGGUUUCUGUUGUUCAGGUCGCGCAAAUGGUUCACGACUGCCAUCUUCAUAGGAGGUCUUUUUGAGAUGAUCGGCUUCGCUGCUCGGGCAGACUCGCAUUACCAUCUCGACAGCAAGACUCCAUAUAUAAUCCAGGUGCUCCUCAUCCUACUAGCACCAAUCCUCUUCGCGGCAUCAGUAUAUAUGUUUCUGGGUCGCUUGGUCCGAGCUGCAGGCGGACAACAAUACUCCAUCAUCCGCGUCACCUGGCUCACCAAGAUCUUCGUCAUUGGCGACAUAUUCUGCUUCUUGGUGCAAGCCGCCGGAGCAUCCAUGUUGGUCAAUGCGACCGACAAGGAUGGAAUAGAUCGCGGUCAGAACAUCAUUCUGGGAGGUCUGGUGUUACAAAUCCUGUUCUUCAUUCUGUUCAUCACUACUGCUGUCAUUUGGCACGUACGGGUCCGAUCUCAACCUCUUUGGCAGUACUGUGCGUCGUCGGGCCUCAAUUUGUCUCGAACCCUGUGGUCACUGUAUCUUGUUGGUGUCCUCAUCACCCUGAGGAACAUCUACCGUCCGGCAGAGUACAAAGGGGGUCAGAACGGAUACCUACUCGAACAUGAGUGGCCAGCGUAUGCAUUGGACGCGUUCUUGAUGGCCAUCGUUAUGGCUACCACGCUGUUGUGGUACUCAGUUGAGUUGCGUCCCAAGAACAGCGAAGCGGGUUGGAAUCUACAAGGUGUCGGUAUGCCUUGAGCGAGAACUCACAAGCAGAUGGUGGAAAGACGGAU